AAAAAUGGCUUUGGCUCCCACUUCGGGAAAAUAAUUUUUUGUACCAGACGCUCUGGGGAAAGAAUGGUAGCUAGAGAUGUCUUAAAUUGAUUGAACUGUGACUUAACCACCGCAUCAGUAUAACUAACUCAACUAUGGAUUCUGCAGUUCAAGAAAAGGGAACGAGUCUUUUUUGAAUUCAUUUCUCAUUCGUAGUCAUACCAACUUUGGCCUUUUGGGAGCUUUUGUUUUUCCUUCCUUUGUGUGUUUAGCCUCACUAUGAACUGGUGGAGAAGCCACGCUACCCUCAGGACCCUUUUCUUGCUGUUCUUGGGUGUUGAUGCACCCAUUACUCAGUCUAUCUUCAAUUACUUUGCAUUAGCUUUGGUUUAUGCUAGUAUUUUGCUCUAUAAGCGCCAAAAAAUCCAGCUUUCUUGGUACUGGUAUCUCCUCCUAGGAUUUGUUGAUGUUCAAGGCAAUUAUCUUGUUAAUAAAGCAUAUCAGUACUCAUCACUUACUAGUGUGACAUUAUUGGAUUGCUUUACGGUAGCAUGGGCCAUAGUUCUUACGUGGUUCUUCCUCGGCACUAGAUAUUCCAUAUGGCAGUUAUUUGGUGCAGCCAUCUGUGUGCUGGGGCUUGGUUUGGUGCUCCUUUCUGAUGCUGGGGUGGGUGGUGAAGGUGGUUCAAAGCCUCUUUUGGGUGAUUCACUUGUUAUUGCUGGGACACUUUUCUUUGCCUUUAGCAAUGUUGGGGAGGAAUUCUGUGUUAAGAACAAAAAUCGUGUUGAAGUGGUGUCAAUGCUCGGUUUGUAUGGAAUGCUAGUGAGUCUGGUUGAGUUAUCCAUAUUCGAGGUGAAGAGUCUGGAAUCAGUUAACUGGUCUGCAGAUAUAAUAUUAGCUAUUGCAGGCUAUACUCUCGCAUUAUUUAUGUUCUAUACACUUGCUCCUUUUGUUCUAAAGUUGAGUGGAGCCACAAUGUUCAAUCUCUCUAUCCUUACUGCUGAUAUGUGGGCAGUUGUUUUUCGCAUCUUCUUCUACCAACAGGAGGUUGACUGGUUAUACUUUCUUUCUUUUGCAGUCGUAACAGUUGGACUUGUCAUUUAUUCGACGACAGAGAAGGAUCCAGCUCCUAUAUCUGCCCUAGAGGACGGAAACUCCAAUGGAGAAUACCAAGUUCUUAUUGAUGAAAAUGCAAGCAGAAAUGACUCUCUAGUUUCAUGAAGAGCAGAGCAGCUUAUCCUAAUUUUUUAUAUGCUAUGUCCUAAUAAUGUUAAUGGUAAAUAUUUUAAACCAGCAUUGUAGUUUAUGGAAUUAUAAUUAUCUUUAAUUACAAUGACUUAACAUGGCUUACAUUGAUUGCUGGACCAA